AUGGACCCGGCAAAAUAAUAUUUAGUUAAUUGUGUUUAGGCUCUCCUUAAUUUGCCUCAAACUCCUCAAGGUUUAGCUUCUGGCCAAACAUUGGAUAAAUUUAUGAUCGCUUAAGAGAAAAAGAGUCUGAUUCUUUAAUACAUGUAAGGUCAAGGAUUAAAAUUAUUUAAUCCUAGUAAAGUUGGUAUAAUGAAAUGCAAUAUUUAGAUGAAUUAAAUCCAUAAACUAAAUUGAUUGCCAUAACUAAAAUUGAUACAGAUGUAAUAACUGAGGAUAAUUAUUUUACUAAUCUCACAGUCUAAUUAUUAUCACCUAAUGUAGUAACAGAAUUGAGUAAUCAUUUAUCAAUGAUCUAUUAACCAUUGAUGGGAGCUGGAGUUGAUGAAAAAAUUAAAAAAAAGUUAUCAGGUUUCAAGUAAUGAAAUUUGAUUUAAAUUAUUAGACAGGUUUUAUAAGGACUUCAAGAUAAUGAUUUCGACAAUGUAUAAACAGAGCAGAGAAAUGUAAGUCGACCAAUUGAUGAAAUAGAAUAAUGGUUGAGAAUUUCAUAAUCUGCAACAAGUUCAGAAAGUUAAUAGAGAACAGCAAAUCAAGUUUGCUCGAUUUACUAAAAGGUUACUUAACUAUGGAAGGAUGUUAAAUAAUUGGAGAUAAAUAAAUUUUCAGAUUUAUUGGAUCAAACUUUGGUUUGUCUUGAUGAGUUAUACACUUAACAGUUAUAUAAUGAAUAAAAAUUGUAAGGAAUGUUAUCCUCUAUGUACAAUUAAAUCAUAAUCAAAUUGCAAAACAUAAUUCCAUAAGGAUAAUAAAUAUUUAGUAAUACUCAAUAGCAGAAACUUCUAUUAUUGGAAUGCUAGAAGAUGGUAAGAAUGUUUGGAGAAAAUUUGAGGAAAUAUUUUGAAUAUGAUUGGAAAAUUAAUCCUAAUCUGUAAGAGUUUGAACAAAUUGAAAAGAGAUUAAGUGAUCUUAUUGAAUUGCGAAGUAUUUAUGAGGAAUUGAAGAGAAGCAAUAUUGAUUAAGAUUUCUUUAAGGAAUUAUUUGAAGUCAAUCCAUUUAUGUCAAUUGGUUAAGACUCUUUGUUUAAUGUUGCUUACAAAAAAGUACUUAAUAACUUAGAGAGUGCUGAACAAGAUGUCAUAAGCCUUUUAAGAUAAUAGGUGUUUAAAUAGUAAGUGAUGAAGGAAAAUCCAUUGCAAACUAUUCGAGAGAUGUAAAGAUGGACUGGAUUAUUAUCAAGAAACUCUAUAUAGAAACACUUUUUAACAGAGCGUGAUUCAUUGAUUACUUCAAUUACUAACAUGAUUUCUAAGAUUGAAUAGGAAUUUAAUACAAGAUCAGGAGCUGCUUUUCUUGAUGAUGGAGAAGAGGAGAAAUUACCUUAUUAAAUUGGGUUCUCUAAAAAUAUUCACUAAAUUGUUUGGUGCAAAUCAUUGAUUGGAAAAGUGAAGAGGAUAAUUUAAUUAAUUUAAUAACUAUUUAGUGAUAUCAAAAAAUCUGCUUAAUUCAUAAUAAUGUGUUAAAACCUUAUAAAAUAAGUUUAAUAAUUUGAAUAGGAAUUAUUUGAUUAAUGGAGAAAAGAAAUUGAUUCACAAUUAAAGAAGAAUGAAAUAUCUUUACAGAUUUCUGGAAAAUUGAUGGAAAUUGAUAUGUAGGAUGGUUUAGUCAGAGUUAAUUAUUCAGAUAAAUUAGUUUAAUUGAUAAAGGAAGUGAGAUAGUUAUGUGAACUUGGCUAUCGAAAAAGUAUAUCAAAUGAAAUACAUACAAUUGUGGAAACAGGCAAAAAGUUUUAUAAGGAAGCUUUAACUUUGAAAUCUAUUGCUAGUUUCUAUAAUUAAAUGUCCGAUUAAAUUAUUGAAUGUUAAAAACCAAUGCUAAUUAAUUAAGCAGUAAGAUUUGAAGAUACUGUGAAGAAUUCCAAAAAAAAAAAUAGUAUCACAUGGGAAAAUACUCAAGAAUUGGAAAAUUAUGUUUAGAAAGUUUAAGAAUCUGCAAAUGAAAUAAUGUAGGAAAAUAAAAGAUUAAGAAAAAAUCACUAAUAAAUAAUUGAUAAUAUUUGUUUUUUGUUUUAGGUUGAAUUAAAAUAAAAGAAUUUAUGGAAGGAGAAGGUGGAUUAAAUAAAGAAAGUUAUAGAAUAGACAUGUGUUAGCAUUGAUAAUAAAUUCACAGUUGGAUGGAGAACCCAUAUUGAUUUCUAAUUAUAUAAGGCUUUAGAAUUUCAAUAUAAAAAAGGAUUUUAAGAAAUGGAUCAUGCUAUCAAUGAGAUCUAAGCAGAUCUUGUUAUUAAAAAUGGUUAGGUCAUGUAUAAGCCAUCUAUUGAAGAAUUAAGAGAGAAAUAUUAUAAUGAACUGAAAAAAUAUAUAUAAUAUCCUUCAUAAUUUGUUGGUGUUGGUGGAAAUAAUGAUAUUUACAUGUAGAUGCCAGAGAGGAAUGCUGUGUUUGUUAUAUAAGUUUAUGAGAAAAGUGAGCAGAUUUUCGAAAAAUUAAUUGGUUUAGGUUGCCAAUAUAUGUGUUGGUCGGUUGUUGCACUAUUGGAUGCUGAAUAAUUAUAAUUAUAAUUGGGUAAUAUGGAAUAAUGGGAGAAAUUUAUGAAAGAAGUUAGACAAAGAAGAAAAGAAUUGGAAAAAAUUAAUGAUUAUUAGAAGGUUGAGUGCUUUAACAUUAAUAUAAGUUUUUUUAAGCAAUAAGUUGAUGAAUUGUUGACUAAAUUAGUGGAUAAUAUGUUGAAUGAAUUGAAAAAUUAAAUUAAGAAUAAUAUAAUUGAAAUUGAACAAUUUUUAAGCGAAACUCAAUAAAAAUUAUCAUAAAAACCAUAAAAUAUGAAUGAGAUGAAUGAAGCAUAAAAGAAAUACGUUGAUAUCAAAGCAUAGAAAUUUGAAAUGACGUAGAAAAUGCAGGAUUGCCAAUAAAAACAAAAAUUAAUCAAUUCUUUGAGUUCUUAAUCUCAAGCCUAGAAUCCCAUAUUAAUAUAAUUGUAACAAAUAAACAAGAAUUGGGAGAAUUUUGAACUUCUGAUAGGAGACUUCGAUUCAAUUUUAGCUGAAUAAACUAAAUAAUUAAAAAAGGAUAUGUAAGCGAGGGCAAAGGAAAUAGACAGUGAGAUUGAGAAGUUUUAUUCAAGAUAUUCUGCUGUAAAACCAAAAUAAUUGAGUGAAUUAGAUAGAUCAUCAGCAAAUGAACUAGCUGAGAAUAUGUAGCAAUGGAGAUAAUAAUGGAAGUAAUUGGAUGAAAAGAUUUAGACUCUUAUAAAGGAUCAUUAACACUUUGAAAUGGAAGUUCCAACAUUUACUUAAUUUGAUAAGGUUAAGGUUGAAAUGACAGAGUCUGAAGUAGUAUGGUGCUACUAUGAUAAAUUCUAAUAGAAUAUUAAUAAUCUAGGCAAAGAGGACUGGCUGAGCUUCAGAACUAAAUUAUACAUGUUUUAAGAGUUAUUGUUACAAGAAUAAGAAUAAAUAAAAGCAGAAUUAUCCAAAGGAACAUUUACGAAAAAAGAAGCAAUUAUAAAUUACAUCUUUUCUUAGAUUGAAUUAUAUCUUAAAAUAAAUCCAUUAUUAAAACUGAUUGUUGGAGAUGCAUUUGAGCCUGAACAUUGGACUAGUUUGUUUAUGAUUCUUAAGUAGAAAGAAAUGAAAAAGGAAAAGUUGCUAUUCAAAGACUUACUUAAUUGUGAUAAAUUAAUAUUGGAUAAACAAAAUGAUAUUAGGGAGUUGUAAGCAAGAGCAUAAGGAGAGAUAACUUUGAGAGAAGCUAUCUUUGAAUUGAAAACAUGGUGUGAUACUUCAGAAUUCGAUCUAACUGAUUACACUAAUAAUAACAGAGUUACUCCCUUAAUUAAAGAAUGGAAAGAGUUAAUGACAAAAGUUAGUGAUAACUAAUCCUUAUUGGCAUCCUUAAAGGAAUCUAAAUUUAUUGGAAGAUUUAAAGAUUAAGUUGAUUAAUUCGAAUUGAAAUUGGGUGGCAUUGAUGAAUAUUUAUCCAAAUUAUAAAUUAUCUAAAGAAAAUGGGUUUAUCUAGAACCUAUUUUUGUUAGAGGAGCACUACCUUAAGAAUAAGCAAGAUUCAGGAGACUGGAUGAGGAUUUCAGAAAUAUCAUGUUGGGAAUAUAAAGAGAUUAAAAAGUAGUUUCGUUAUGUAGUAUUCCAGGAAUUAAGGACACCUUAGAUACAGUAUUAGAUCAAUUAGAGAGAUGUUAAAAGGCUCUGAAUGAUUUCUUAGAAGAAAAGAGAGGUAAAUUUCCAAGGUUUUACUUUUUGGGAGAUGAUGAUCUAUUAGAAAUAUUGGGUCAAUCUUAAAAUCCUCAAGUCAUAUAGAUGCAUCUCAAGAAAUUAUUUGCUGGUAUAAACUCUGUAGAAUUUAGUAAGGACAAUACAUAAAUUUAUUCUAUGUUAUCAUCCUAAAAGGAAUAAGUUCAAUUUAAUAAUUCAAUUUAAGUAAAUGAUAUAGUAGAGAGUUGGUUAUCAGUAUUAUCUUCAAAUAUGAAAGAGACCUUAAGUUCAUUGUUGAAAUAAUGCUUGAAAGAGUAGAACAUGGAUUUCAAUAAAUUCCCAUCAUAGAUUCUUUGCUUGUCAGAAGAGUAAUUUAUAUAUCAAUAUUAUUAGAAUUAAGUUCACUGAGUAAGCAGUAUCAGCAUUGAAUUCGAAUAAAUUACCUUAAUUCAAAUAGACAUAGUUAAAAUUAUUAGAUUAAUUUACUCAAUUGAAUGCACAAUCAUCAAAUAAUUAUCUAUUACAAUUAAAAUUAAAAUCAUUGGUCUUAGAUCUUAUUCAUCAUCUGGAUAUAAUAAAUUAACUAAUUGACAACAAGGUUUCGAUAUUAUCAGAUUGGUAUUGGUAUAAAUAAUUAAAAUAUGAAUAUUAAAAAGAUGCACAAAUAAUAAUGUGCAAAGCAAGAUUUGAUUAUACUUACGAAUAUCAAGGCAAUGGAUAAAAGUUAGUGCAUACUCCAUUAACAGACAAAUGCUAUUUAACAUUGACUUAAGGAAUGUCCAUGGGUUAUGGAGGUAAUCCUUAUGGUCCUGCAGGUACAGGUAAGACUGAAUCAGUAAAGGCACUUGGACAGUUAUUUGGAAGAUAAGUGCUGGUAUUUAAUUGCGAUGAAGGUAUAGACUUUAAAAGUAUGGGACGUAUCUUCAUGGGAUUGGUUAAAUGUGGAGCUUGGGGUUGUUUUGAUGAAUUCAAUAGAUUGUUAGAAGAACAAUUAUCAGCUAUAUCAUAAUAAAUUCAAAUAAUAUAAAACGCUAUUAAGGAGAAUUCAUAAUCCAUGACUUUGAUGGGUUAGACAUGCAAUGUUAAUAAAGAUUCAGGCAUAUUUGUUACAUUGAAUCCAGCUGGUAAGAAUUAUGGAGGUAGAUCUAAAUUACCUGAUAAUUUAAAAUAAUUGUUUAGGCCUGUGGCUAUGUCAAUUCCAGAUAAUGAAUUGAUUGCUGAAGUCUUAUUGUAUUCAGAAGGAUUCAAGAAUGCUAAGAUUUUGGCAGAAAAAAUCAUCACAAUAUUCACAUUAUCGAGAUAAUUGUUAAGUCCAUAGUAACAUUAUGAUUGGGGAUUAAGAGCACUGAAAACAAUAUUGACUGUGGCUGGAUAAAUUAUAUAAGAAGAAAGAAAAUAGGGAAUAGAAAUUAAUGAAACAAUUGAAGCAGAGUUACUGAUUAAAUCUAUCAGAAUUAAUACAAUGUCAAAGUUGACUUAUCAUGAUACAAAGAAAUUUGUUUAGUUGGUCUAGGAUGUCUUCCCAAGCAUAAAUAGUUAAGACAUUAUCUAUGAGAAGUUGACAAAUGCAAUAAAAGAAGUGCUAUAAAGUAUGAAAUUGAGUGAGAUUGAUAAUCAAAUUGCAAAAAUUCUAUAGUUUUAUGAAGCAACUAAAUAAAGGAUGGGUGUGGUAUUGGUAGGGCCGUCAGGUUGUGGAAAGACAACUAUAUGGAAAGUAUUAAAGAAAGCACACGAGAAAUUAGGGUAAUAAGUCAAAACUCAUGUGAUGAAUCCUAAGUCUAUGCCUAGGAGUUAACUAUUAGGAAACAUGAAUAAUGACACAAGAGAAUUUAGUGAGGGAGUAUUAACAGCAUCAGCUAGAUUAGUAGUUAAGGAAUCAGUGGAUGUCUUAAAUUGGAUUAUUUGUGAUGGAGAUAUUGAUCCUGAAUGGAUUGAAUCAUUAAAUUCAGUUUUGGAUGAUAAUCAUUUAUUAACAUUACCUACUGGUGAACGUAUCUCAUUUCAGAACAAUGUUAAUUUCAUCUUUGAAACUUCUGAUUUAUAAUAUGCGUCACCUGCUACUGUUAGUAGAAUGGGAAUGAUAUUUUUGAAUAAUGAAGAUAUCAGUAUGUAAUCUUUAGUGACUAGAUGGAUUAACAAAUUAGAAUGUGAAGAAGAAAAGAAGAGCAUGUUAUUAAAUCAAAUUGAAUCAACCCUAUACAAUUUACUAGAGGAAAUAUUCUCUUACGAAGAAUAAUAGGUUGUACCUACUACCAGAGUUGGUUUGAUUAUGAAUAUUUUAUCCUAAUUACAGAGAAUACCUACGAAUAAAUAGCAAUUCAAUUAUCUCUUAUUGUAAGGCUUGUCAUCUAAUUUCCAACCAGAUAUCAGAUUGAAGUUCUAGACAUUAAUUAAUUCUAAUCUUGAUUUAAAUGAAAACGGAGACAAAUAUCAAUAUAUUAAUCAAAAUAUUGAUGAAUCCUAAUUUUCUGAUGUUAAUGAUCCUCCUGUCAUCAAAACUGUUGGCCAUUAGAAAGAUCUCUAAAUGUUAUAAUCUUGGAUUCUCAAUAAUGAUCCCUUCAUUAUUGUUGGAGAAGAAGGUUGUGGCAAGAAUCUAUUAAUCCAAAGUGCAUUCAAAGAACUCAAAAAGACUAUCAAAAUUCAAAUAGCAACAAUCAAUUGUAAUGCUUAAACAAGUGCAUCUUAAAUCAUUUAGAAAUUAAAUCAAAUCUGUGCCAAAGGUACUUCAGCCUUGGGCAGAGUCUAUAAGCCUAAAGAUUGUAGUCGCUUGAUUCUGUAUUUAAAGGAUAUUAACCUCCCUAAACCUGAUAAAUAUUAGACAAUCCAACUGAUAGCAUUCUUGUAACAAUUAAUUACUCACAGAGGUUUCUAUGAUGAAAAUUUAGAAUUUGUAUAUUUGGAUGACAAGAUCCAAAUUGUUUCUUCGAUGAAUCCUCCUUCGACUAUAGGAAGACAUUAAUUAUCAACUAGAUUCACAGCAAAUGUUAGAAUCUAUUAUAUUGAAUAACCAUCUAAUGAUGAAUUAUAACAGAUAUAUUAAGAAUAUCUUAAAAUUCUCAUUUUUAAAGAUAACAAUUAAAGUAAAAAGGGUGCACAAUUAUUAAUUGAAUGUUAUACUUAAAUCAAAUCUAAAUUCACUGUUGAUGAACAAAGACAUUAUCUGUUUACACCAAGAACUAUCACUUAAAUAAUUUUUGCUUUAAAAAGAUAUAAUGAUAUAUAAUCUGUUUUCCCAGAGGCUCUACUCAAUGAAUUCAAUAAAAUAUUUAGAGAUAAAUUGAUCUCUUAAGAUCAGUAGUUUAAAUUUGAUUAAAUGAUUUUACCUAUUUUCAAAAAGUACUAUAAAGACAUCCAAUCCUAAUAGUAUUUUGCCACUGUUUAGAAUCUCCAAACUCUGUCGAAGAUUGAAAAAAAGGAUUUUAUUCAACUGGUUUCUCAAGCUGUUCAAAUAUAUUCCAGAGAAAAUAGGGAAUUAAAUGUUGUGAUGAUUGAAGAAGUAUUAUCUCUUUUAACAUCCCUAAACAGAGCUCUGUCUUCUCAAAGUUAAACAACACUCCUAUUAGCUGGCAGAAAUGGUAUUGGAAGAAAGAUGGGUUUAUAGAUAAUGUCUACAAUGCUCAAUUUAGAAAUACUGUAACCGUAUACAUGUAGAGAUUAUGGAAUCAGAGAGUUUAAGAGAGAUCUCAAAUCAUACAUGGAAACAGCCUAAACUAAGAAUUGUUUAUUGAUUUUAGAAGAUCAUGUGUUAUUAUAAUAAGGAAUCUUAGAAACAGUUAAUUCUUUAGUCUCAAGCGGAGAAAUUCCAGGGCUGUUUGGUUAUGAUGAAAUAGAUAGAUUAAUCCAAAAUCCAGAAGAAGUAAAGAGGGAAUUUUAUGGUAAAACCCUUUAUGAGGCCUUUCAUGAAAGAGUAAAGAGAAAUAUGAAGAUUGCUUUGGUGAUGGAUAAUACAAAUCAUGAAUUCUAAACUAACUGUGCUUAAAAUCCAGCUUUGUUUACAAAUACUACAAUUAUAUGGUAGACCUAAUUAUCAAAAGAGAGUUUGUUACAAUUCAUGAAAAAAUAAUUAGAAUCUUCUAAUAAUAAUAAUAUUGUUAAUGAACAAUUAAUUAGUUAUGCAGUUGAAAUACAUAGAAAUUAAAAAGCCGAUCCAAGAAGCUUUUAAUCUUUGACUUAGACUUAUAGUUUAAUAUUAGAUACAAAGAUGUAAUCAAAAGGAUCACAAGCAGAUCAUUUAUAAAAAGGACUUGAGAAAUUAUAAGAAGCAAAUAACUUAGUAAAUAAGUUGACUUAGGAAGCCUAAGAAAAGAAAGUUUUGUUGUCUAAAAAGUAAUUAGAAGCAGAUGAUGCUCUAUAAAAGAUAUCAAAAGCAAUGUAGGAUGCAGCUGAACGUAGAUAAGAAACUGAAUAAUUACAGAGAUAUCUUUAAGAGGAAGAAGGCAAGAUAAAAGUGUCUAAGGAUAAGGUUGAAGAUGAAUUGAGAGAUGUUAAUCCAUUAGUAUAAGAGGCAUAGAAUGCUGUCAAAGGGAUAUCAAAGUCACAUUUGGAUGAAUUAAAAUCGUUGGCUUAGCCUCCACCUGCAAUUUAUGAUGUGUUAGGAGCUGUUAUGAAAGUUUUUAAGUAAACAGAAAUAAAUUGGAAAGCUAUUAAAAAGUUUUUGGGUAAUAAACAAGUAAUUGAUUAAAUCAUUGACUUUGAUCCUCAUAUGAUUACUGCUGAUAUCAGAAAAGAUGUUGAAGAGGAAAUUGCCAAACAUUCUAAUUCUUUUGAAAAAUAAAAUAUUUAUAGAGCUUCGUUGGCAGCAGGACCAUUGGCUGAUUGGGUAAAAGCAAUAUUAAAAUAUGCUACCGUUUUAGAGAAGAUUGCACCUUUAGAAAAAGAAUUAUCAAUGAUUAGUAAGAAAUUGGAUUCAUCUAGAAAUAGAUUGAAAUAAUGUUAAGAUGCAUUAAAUUAACUUGAUUAGAAAGUCUAAGAAUUAAAGAACAAUUUUGCAUCGAAAACAAGUGAGGCAGAAUUACUUAAAAGAGAUUUAGAAAAAGCAGAACAAACUGUGAGUCUGGCAUCCAAUUUAUUAGAUAAACUAUCAGGGGAAAAGGUUAGAUGGUAAUAAUAACAUGAUUUAAUUGCAUAAGAAUUAAAACAAUUUCCAUUAGAUUCUUUAUUAUCUGCAUCAUACAUUACAUAUUUAUCCUCUUAAGAUGAAAAUGUUAGGUAUAAGACAUUAUAAGAAUGGAUUCAUUUGACAAAAUUAUAGUAAUAUGAUUUCUUAAAAUUCAUGUCUAAUGAGAGCCAAAUAUUGAAAUGGAAAACACUGGGUUUACCAGGUGAUUAAUUAAGUAUUGAAAAUUCAGUCAUGGUAUUCUAAUCUUCAAAGGUUUCAUUAUUAAUUGAUCCUAAUACAUAAGCCACUGAAUGGUUGAAGAAAACUUUAUCAGGAGCUGAAAUAUUAAAUUAAACAGAUCCUAAAUUCAAUAAUCAAUUGGAAUUAGCAGUUCGGUUUGGUAAAACUAUAGUGAUCUAAGAAAUCGAUCAAAUUGAAGGAUUAUUGAUUCCAUUAUUAAGAAAAGAUUUAUUGCAUUAAGGUCCUAGAUGGAUAGUUAUGAUAGGAGAGAAAUCUGUUGAUUUUAAUGAAAGUUUUGUAAUGUAUUUGACAACAAGAAAUUCUUCAAUCCAUUUACCUCCACAUACUGUAUCCUUGGUAUAGGUUAUAAACUAUACUGUCACUAGAAGUGGUUUGGAAGGUAAAUUACUUAGUAUUAUCAUUAACAUUGAGCAACCAGAUUUAGAAUAGAAGAAAUAAUAAUUAUUGGAAAAUGAGGAAAAAUUAAAGAUGUAAUUGGCUGAUUUAGAGAAAACUCUUUUAGAUGAAUUAGCAAAUUCAUAAGGAAAUAUCUUAGAAAACAGAGUAUUAAUUGAUAGUUUAAAUUAAACAAAAUCAAAAUCAUAAGUUAUUGCUUAGAGUUUACAAGAAUCUUCAAAAUUGCAGGAAGACUUAGAUACAUAAAGAGAUGUGUACAGACCACUAUCUUAGAAAGGUGCCCAAAUCUUCAUUCUUAUUCAAAGUCUUUAGAAUUUAAACAAUAUGUAUAAAUAUUCAUUAGCUUACUUUAUUCAAAUAUUUUAAAAGACUCUAGAUAUUAAAGAGAAUUUUGAUUCAAAACAAAAGAAAUUAGAGUUUGCUGGAUAGAGUUUAUUGAGAAAUAUCUUUAAUUAAAUAGCUGGUUCAUUGUUCAAGUAAGAUAGAUUAAUCUUUGCUUUGCAUUUGGUAAAAGGGUGCAAACCAGAACUAAUUGAGGAAGAAGAAUGGUAAUUCAUGAUUGGUAAUUAAAUACCUAAUGAGAGUGCUCAUCUUCCAAAAUGGGCGUCUUAAGAUAGAAAAGAAAUAUUUGGAUAGUUAUAGAAUCUUAAAUUAAAUAUCAAUUUUAAUUCUAGUGAUUGGGAGUAAUGGAAUAAUAAUUAGGAAUGCGAGAAAAACUUCCCUUAAUCUGCUAAAUUAAAACCAUUUUAAAAGGUUCUUAUUGUCUAAACUUUCAGACCUGAAAGGGUUCAAAGUGCAUUGAAUGAAUUUGUUUGUCAUAAUUUAAGUAUCCCAAGUGUUAGUGGCCAGACGUUUAAUUUCUAGACUGUUGCUUAAGAAGAAUUAACUGCUUAAAUUCCAUGCUUAUUUGUAGUCUCAGCUGGUAGUGAUCCUUCUAAGGAGCUUGAAGAAUUUGCUGAAUAAUAAAUAGGAAAGUAGAACUUUUAAGAAAUGUCUAUGGGAGGUAAUUAAAAUGAAUUAGCAUUAAAAUUGAUAAAAGAAGCAGCACAAAAAGGUUAGUGGGUAUGCUUAAAGAAUUUGCAUUUAGUUAUUAGUUUCCUUCCUUUAUUAGAAAAAACCAUAAAAUAGUUAAAACCACAUCCAAAUUUCAAAUUGUGGCUUACAACUGAAGCUCAUUUGAAAUUCCCAUCUAUACUUCUUGAAACCUGCUAUAAGGUAUCAUAUGAAGCACCUCCAGGAUUAAAGUAGAACUUAUAAAGAAUAAUAACCAGUUGGCCCACACAUAAUAAAUAAUCUGUUUAUUAAACACAAUUAUUGUUCAUUCUCACUUGGUUCCAUGCUUUAGUUUAAGAAAGAAGAACCUAUAUUCCAUAAGGUUGGAGCAAAUUCUAUGAAUUUUCAUAUGCUGACUAUAAAGCAGGAGUUCAAAUAAUUGAGAAUCUUUUAUAAGAGUCCUAAACAAUAUCUUGGCAAACCUUAUAUGGAUUAUAUGAAAAUGCCAUUUAUGGUGGAAGAGUAGAUAAUGAAUAAGAUAUCAAGGUGUUGAGAGCAUAUUUGGAAACUUAUUUCAAUUAGAAUAAAUUAUAAAAUGGAACUCUUAGUACUGGACAAUAGAUACCAUAAACUAAUUAAGUUAAAGAUCUCAUUAAUUUAAUUAAUAAAUUACCUGAAAAUGAUGUUCCUGAAUUUUUUGGAUUGCCUAAUAAUAUUGAUAAGGCUGUUUAAAGAUAUACGAUAUAAAAAGUUGUUAGUGGAUUGAAAUCUAUGAAUAAUAUAGUUGGAUCUGAAAUCAAGUUUGAUAAAGAAUUAUGGACUAAUUUAUUAGGUCCUCUCAUUAAUAUGUGGGAUCAAUUGAAAAUGAGGGAUACUAUCUAAGUUACUAAUUAAUAAUUAGGGUCAUUGGAUCCAAUUGAAUCAUUUAUUUAUUUAGAAGCAUAAUAGACUUGGAAUCUGUAUUAGAUUAUCAGCCAUUCAUUUGAGAAAUUAAAGAAUGUCUUAUACAAUAAUGGGUUAUUGACUAGUGACAUUAUUGAUAUUGGGUUGCUAUUUAUCAAAGAUAUCGUACCUUAGAAAUGGAGUAAUUUCUGGGAAGGUCCUGAUGACAUCAAUUUAUGGUUGAAAAUAUUUAUUAAGAAACUCAAUGCAAUUAAAUCGUGGAUUGAUAAGAUACAAAGAAAAUAAUAAUUAGAUGAAGUUGAUCUAAGUGAAUUAUUCCAUCCUGAAAUAUAUAUGAAUGCAUUAAGGUAAAAAACUGCCAGAAAAUUAAACAUACCGUUAAAUGAAUUGAAAUUAUAAGCAGAUUUUGAUAGUCUUAAACACCCUCUUGUAGUUAAAUUAUAGAAUCUAUUAUUAUAAGGUUGUGGAUUCUCUAAUGGUUAAUUAGUUGAUGAUAUGAAAAUAACAUCUGAAUUCAUCUAAUUACCAUCUUUGAAUAUCUCUUAUGUGGAGAAAUCAUAGCCAGAGAAGAAUGGAAUUGGGGUAAUUAAUGUUUAUAUUCUUUAUAGGAUUUCCCGAUUUAUUUAAAUGCCAGCAGAGAAAAAUUACUUUGCAGAAUUAAAUUACUUCAAUCUGGUCAAAUAAACGAUAAAAUCAUAGCUGGUGUUGCAUUAUUUUUGAGUUAAAAUGAUUGA